AUGCCAGACCAGAAGAACAUCCAGGGAGACACAUGGCCUCGCCUGCCUAAGAAGGCCGAAAAAUUCGUCUUCUUUCGAAUUACCAACCCGCAAGAGUUCAAGAAUGCGCUACCAACGAUGGCUGAUUUCAUCACUACAGCCCAUACAGCCCUGGUGAACCGUAACGAUAUCUUCAAAAAGAAAGCCGAAGGUACUCUCAAUGGUAUCAUCAACUUAGUAUCGCUCAAUAUUGCUUUCUCGGCCAAUGGACUGGCUAAGCUUGGAGCGGAAAGGUUCAACGACGACAUCUUCAACGGUGGCCAGUUUAAAGACAUGACUGCCCCGUCGGAAGGCGAGCCAGCUGAAGAUCACCUAGGCCUCGAUCCUCAGCAGGACUGGGUCAAUGAAUUCAAGCCCAGCAGUGGUGGCAUUGACGGUGUUCUCACUGUGGCUGGUGACAGCAUCCCGAGUAUUGACAAAAUAACCCGGAGGACAUUUGAUUGGGUAUUUAAUGUCGGCAAUGACAACCAAAGUGUUGAAACAGUCUAUACCAGGGAGGGCCAAGUCUUCGAUGAUCAUCUUGAACACUUCGGAUGGGUGGAUGGUAUUAGCCAGCCCCUUGUUAAGGGAUUGGACGAUCUUUCGAACGCGAAGGAUGGCAAAGGAAUGACCCCGGUAGACCCCGGAGUUAUCUUUGUCGGACACGAGGGCGAUGAACAGAAAACUCCCAAAUGGGCCAAGGACGGUAGCUUCAUGGUCUUCCGCAUCUAUGAGCAGCUAGUUCCCGAAUUCUACCAUUGGUGUGCUGCGAAUUGCUCUAUUGCUACGGCAGAGGUGAGAAAGGCCAUGGAAAUGGGGAAGCCGAUCGAGUGGUCUGGGGACGCGAUGCGUCAAAUGGGUCUGUUUUCCUCGCGAUUGGUGGGACGGUGGCCUGGUGGUGCCCCAAUGGAGCUUCAUCCCCUAGAGGACCCCGGCUCGGACAAAAACAAAGCAAUUAUCGAAGCGAGCGCGUUGAAGGCAUUGAAUCACACAGAUAGCUUCAACUAUAACCCCGCAGACCAGACGAGGUGUCCUUAUGCCUCCCAUAUGCGCAAAACUGGUCCUCGGGAUGACUAUCCCGAUUACGCCAAGCAUGUAAUGAUGCGCCGAGGAAUUCCUUAUGGGCCAUGGUGUGAUUUGGAUGAACGGGCAGGUGGAGCUACAAAGAGUGAACGUGGCCUGCUGUUUGUCAGUUACCAGAGCAGCAUUGAGAAUGGGUUCGUCACGCAGCAAAAACGGUGGGCAAAUUCUUCCGAUGGUCCAACGGACAUGGCCAAGCACGGUGGAGGGGCUAGCCAGGGAAUUGACCCUCUUAUUGGUCAAGUUCAUCCAAGCCGGAAUGGGAAGAACGUGGGUGUUCGGGUCAAUGGCAAGGACGAGAGUACAGCUGUUCAGAUCAACGCCAAGUACGAAGACGCUCCUCGUAUUCCCUUCCCUGACUCGGACCUUCAAAACCCUGCUCCCCAGGUCUACGAGGAAUCUCUUUCGCUGGACAGGCUGGUUGUUCCGCAUGGUGGUGAAUACUUCUUUACUCCCUCAAUGUCUGCAUUGAAGGAGUACUUGCCCAAGGUAUAG